AUGUUUACCGAAGAAGAAAUAGGGAAUUUCCUUGGAGUGUUGCAAGUGACACCAGAAUUUAUAGAGAUUGAAUGUGGCAGCACCAAUCCAAGAUAUGGUGACACAGCAGGCAAACUUAGGGUUUUCAGUGAUGGGAGAGUGGAGGUGGAUUGCAUUUGUCGUGCUGAUUGCGAUAAAGUUAGAGUAUCCCCGGUGGAGUUUGCAAAGCACGCGGGAAAAAUAAACGCGCACGAGAAGUGGAAUAGGCAGAUAUGGGUGUUCGGUAAGGACGGGACUAAAAUAGGGCUUUGGAGAACAUGUUUGUUGAAGCAUCACAAGCAUACUUUCGUGAGGGGGGUGCGCCAACUCAUCCAUCGCGACGAGUUCAUACGAUGCUCCCAAUGCGACAAAGAGCGUCGGUUUAGUCUGCGAACCAAGGACCAUUGCAAGAUCUAUCACGACGCUCUUGUCAAACCAGAUUGGACUUGUUCCGACAUGCCAAAUCAUCCAUUGAGUUGCAGUGUUGGUGAGGAGAGGGAAUCUCGGAAAGUGAACAGAGGUUGCCCUAGAGCUACCAAAUGUGAGGGUUGCGAGCAAUGUGUUUGUUUUGGUUGCGAGAUGUGUCGAUUUGAGACUUGUGCUUGUCAAUCAUGUAUUGAUUUUAUAAUCAAUAUCUGA